CAACGACUCGGGAUAUAUGUCCAAUGACAAUAACGACACCACCGACCAGUCGACUCCGACAGUCACGACGGCGACGACCACAGCCCCGACGGUCGACACGGCAGCUGCAAACGGCGAACGAGCUCUGAACGAUACCCCGGCCACACCUCUGUCGAGAAGACCGAGCAAUGCUGAUGCACAAGCGCAGGUUAUUGCUUCGUUGCGCGAACAGGUCCAGGAUCUCUUCUCACAGGUCACAGAGUUAAACAACAAGCUCGUGAAGUCCUAUGACCGUGUCUCUGACCUCGAAGAUGACCUUCAUAUUUCUUCCUCUAACCUUCGCUCUUCGUCGCUCAAAAUUUCGAACUUGGAGUUAGAGCGUUCGCAGCAUCUGUCUGCUCUCAACACAGGUUUGUUAGUAGAGAAAGAUCAGGUCACUGCCGAACUCACUCGUCUCAUGGAAAAGGCGACAGAGGAGGCCGCUCAACGCGGCCAAGCAGAGUCUGCCAGAGCAGAAAUCGAGAAGGACCUUGACGAUCUCUCCGCUGGUCUGUUCAACCAAGCCAAUACCAUGGUCGCAGAAGCUCGGUUCGGACGCGCAGUCAGCGAACGGAAGGCGGAGGACGCUGAACGCGCUUUGAGGGAGACGGAGGAGGUUGUGCGUUUGAUGCAGCUGCAGAUGCAGGAGUUGCAGGAGGAGAAGGAGGCGUCGGAGAAGAAGGUAGAGGAGAUGAGCAUGACCAUGGGCAAGGGCAAAUGGAUUACACGGACACCUUCGCCCUCUCGUGGACGUAUUUCGCCUCGGCUACUCAGCAGUCAUCUUCCAUACCAGGAGUUCUUGAUGUUUGUGGCACAUCUGCGAACUCUGAGACCAAACUCGACACAAGUGCCGGCCAUGUCGACUCUGCUCCCACUCCCAUUCCUCUCCCGGCUAGCCACUGAAGACACCGAGCCUACGGUUCGCCUCGACCUUGCACCCUCUCUGAAUUGGCUCACUCGCCGCUCUGUCCUUUCCGCCAUUCAUUCUGGCCAACUCUCCAUCGAACCCAUUUCUGCGACUGCUCUCCUCGAAUGCACCAUCGCCUCGCAGAACUCCCUUCCCGUCCCCACUAACAGCAAUCCAGGCAUCUGCUGCGCACUCUGUGGCACCUCGCUUACCGACGGCUCAUCCCCCGUCAAGAAUCACUCGAGCAACAAUUCCUGGGGUUCCUCUAUCUUUAAAGAUGCCCUUUCCCGAUCCCUCUCCAACCAGAAAUCAAGUCCUCCCUCAUCGCCGCCGCCACAACAGAACUCGUUCUCCAACACCAACCCGAACAACCUCCCUUCUCAAAUAUAUAUCUUUAAGCUAGUCACCACCACCACCACUCUCCCUCAGAGCCCGAACGCGAAGAACCAAACCACCGUAUAUCCCCUCUGUCCCUCCGGCUGGUGCCUGACACGUCUCCGGACGACAUGUUCCCUCUGGGCGUUCGUGCGGACCGGUAUCGUAGAGAAAGUGUGGGAGGAAGAAGUCCCUAGUCUUCCACCACCACUACCAAGGAAGGAUUCCUCCGACGGUAGACCGUCCAUACCUCCCCGACGAAAGUCAAAGAUGGGAGGUCUUUGGGGCAUGGCUUCGGCCUUGGGCAUGGACCGGGGCCUGAGCUGGGGCGAAGGCAAUUCGAGGUCUGGUUCACCUAGUAACGAGAAGUCAGAGAAGUCUGUGAUGGGCUCACCAAAGGUCCCCCCUCCAACGCAUCCUACGCACUCACCCAGCAUCGCGAAGAGAUUCGUAGCUCCUAUUGCUACGAGUGCCACGGCCGCACCUCCACCCCCACCUCUUCCUACGCGGAAUCGAUCUCGGACGAUUGUGCAGCAUAAUGUGGUACCGGCGCCGGCGGGAGAGAUUUCCGAAGAGUCGUCGAUGUAUAGCAAGGCCAGCGAGGAGGAACAAAGGAUCGGGGAAGUGAUGCGUCUGAGGGGCGGAGCGGCGUCGAGCGAGAGUCUUCCCGAGCCUGAGACAGAGACAGAAGAGGGCGAACUUCGACCCUCGACUUCAAAUGAGACCAACCAGGACGCUUUCCACACCCCUACGGACGAGCCAGCAGAAUUUUCUGUCCCAUCGUCUCCCACCCCGGCGGCCGCAGCUCCAGCACCAGCUCCAACACCGGCUCCUGCUCCUGCCCCUGCUGCGCGCGCUUCAGUAUCUUCCCGAACCUCCAUGGACGCUCCUACAGCCCGUUCCGCCUCCCCCGCCACGCCUAGCUCGAAGCGUAACUCUGUUACAGGUGUACCUUCAAGAACAGGCUCUCCGGCUCCUCCGCCCGUACCUCGUCGUGCAGCCGCACGCAACCGUCCUGUACCACCUCCACCUCCUUCAGGACCUCGUCCACGUUCUGCGACUGGAUCUUCGCCGACACCUGAGCCUGUAUCCUUACCCGCAGUCGAGCCAACGCAACCACCAGCUCCUGCAACUGCGACAGAGGAGACGAGCGCCUCUGUGCCAGCCCCUGUUCCCGAGGAGCCGGCGACACAGUCUGCUUCCGCUCCUGCUCCCGCGACGGAAGCUAAUCCUGACACUGAUGCAGCCGAGGUAUCGGUUCCUCCUCCUCCACCAACAAGCGCUGGAGAGCCUAUUGUCGAGGAACCUGCUCCUGCGACAGAUAUUCCGCCGUCAGAUUCUCAGGAGGUGAAAGACGAGGUCGAGAAACCCGCGCAGCCUUCUACUCCUACGCACCCACCUACUGAGGCCAUCGACCCCGCAACUGAACCUGCCCCUGCCGCGGGAGCAGAAGCAGCAGAGGUGGCCUCCGUGAUAGACGAGCUCAGGGAUACGAAGCACCACCGCGACGAGUCUCAAGAACUCGUCUUCACAGCCGGCUCAGACUACGACUCUGAACCGCCUCAUUCCGCGCCCUUGCAUCCGCCUACCAUCCCUGCGCCUCAUUCCACGCUCGAGACGAGCACGACUGCGGAGGAGCUGAUGAGGGAGGCUGAGGCUGGGGAACAUGAAGAGGAGGAGCAUGAUUCGUUUGCUCCAUUGCCUGUGGUGCCUCCUGUGACUGCGCCUGCGCCGACGACGGCGGCGACGCCGCCGUUACCGGCGAGGAGUCGGGGGCGGUCGGGGUCUAUUAUGCAGCCUCCGCCUCCGCCUAAGUUUGCGAGUAGGAGGGUUGCGCCGAUUAAUGGCGUUGGAGGUGGUGUUAAUGGGGUCUCCCCUCUUGCCGUCGCUAUUAUGAAGGAGAAGAUAGAGCCUGUAGUGGAGGAGGAGAGCGAGAAGGAGAAUCUCAGUGUCGAUGUGAACGUAGGUGAGAAGGGGGAGAAGGGUCAGGGAUCGGGAGUGGACGGGGAGAUUUAUGUGGGCGAGGCGACGUGGGAGGAGAGGACUUGGAAGGAGUUGGUUAGGUUGAGGGAGGAGAUGUUUUGGGCGAGGAUUGGGGGUGUGCGAUAGGUUGAUAUGUUGAGUCUCAGACGCUGUUUAGCGGGUGGAGGAUCGGGGUAUGUUAGGAGACGGACUGGUUGCUCGUAAUGUGUAGGUCUCUGCUCGGUCGGUUGGAUCUCUCGAUAUUCUGUUAAGCUACAGUUUUGUUGUUGACUGUGAGAGUUGUGAUGAGUUAUGGUGUAUGGUCGUCGCUAAAUUUUAUAUGGGAUGGAUCUAGAUAUAGUCAUUCGAAUAAUAUUAUGUUGGUCA